AUGGCACAAAAGACCGCUGCCUACUACUUCCUCUGGAGCGAGGGUGGAUACGGAGCCAGCCGUGAGACCGAAACAGAGGCAGUUCUGGUACCCGAAAGAAGAUGGGCCCUUCAAAUGCGGUGCCAGAUCCACAGCCGUGUUCCUGACGGGGGUGGUCUGAGGUGGAAGUGGUCGCCCGGAGAGAUGGACAACGAGCUACUUCACAAGAGAGUUCGUCUUGCUGUGUUUCACCUGCCUGUCCCCUCGCAUGUUGCAGGCGACAGGGGGAAAUGUCCCGGGGACUGGUUUAUCUCGGUGAACCUAAAAGACGCCUAUUUUCACAUCCAGAUAGCCCCUCGUCACAGGCAGAGUGGAGUUUGCAUCCUUAAUUAUCUGGACGACUGGCUUGUUAUAGCCCAGUCACGGGAUACACUGAAAAACCACAGAUGUCAGCUUAUAGAACAUCUGAAGCAUCUAGGACUGACGAUCAAUGUGCAGAAGUGCAAGCUCCACCCCACGCAGGCCAUCACAUACUUGGGAAUGGAUUUGGACUCACGAUCGAUGAUAGCGCGUCUCUCUCAAGAGCGAAUACAGUCUUUAGUCAGCGCUCUAACCACUACUAAUGGUAGUGAUGCUGAAAUGCUUUUAGAGACCGUUGGGGUGUAUGGCAGCAGCAGCUGUGGUGUGUCAGAUCGGGCUUCUGCAUAUGAGACCACUUCAGCUAUGACUGAAAUCCCGGGUGCCAAGCAAAGCUUGGAAGAAUGGUCAGUUGCGUGUCUUGGUGUAUUUGGUGUUGGGGCAAAUGACACACAGUCAUUAGCAGCCAUAGAGGGAGAUUCUGUGACUCUACACACAGAUGUUACUAAAAUAAAUGAAGAUGAUGACAUACUGUGGAAAUCUGGAUCUGAUAACUUUCUCAUAGCAUCAAUCAGCAUAGAGAAAAAAUCCUUCUCCAAAUUUGAUGGUACUAAUGCGAGAUUCAGAGACAGACUGAAGCUGGACAAUCAAACUGGAUCUCUAACCAUCACAAACACCACAACUCAACAUGCUGGACUCUAUAAACUACAGAUAAGUGGUGCUAAAAGAUUAUCAAAAACAUUCAGUGUUUCUGUCUAUGCUCGUCUGCUUGUUCCUGUCAUCAGCAGUAACUCUUCACAAUGUUCUUCAUCAUCAUCAUCAUAUUGUUCAUUGUUGUGUUCAGUGGUGAAUGUGAGUCGUGUGACUCUCUCCUGGUACAAAGGAAACAGUUUAUUGUCCAGCAUCAGUGCGUCUGAUCUCAGCAUCAGUCUCUCUCUACCUCUGGAGGUGGAAUAUCAGGAUAAAAACACCUACAGCUGUGUGCUCAACAAUCCCAUCAGCAACCAGACGAGACAUCUGGACAUCAGUCAACUCUGUCACACAUGUUCAGACGACCACAUCCACUGUUGUGGUUUUACUGAAGCUGUGGUCCGAUUGGUCGUCUCUGCUCUGGUAGGUGUGGCCGCUGUUGCUUUCCUGGUUUAUGACAUCAGAUCUACAGGAGGAGGAGACAAGAAACAGAUAUUGUAA